AUGCCACCUAUCGCCGCAACGGGCCAUCGACGAAAAGUUCGGUUCCCAACCACCAACCUCCCAGCAAAAUCAUCCAUCGCCACCGCGCACAAGACGCGUCCCGUCAACCGUGCCACCUCAUCUCCCUCGAUCGGCAAAAUGGCAAGCCCCAGCCAAGAUCCGCGCCCGGGGGUCCCGGCCUUGUUCACGCAGCCGCCGCCCCUCCGCGACCCGCUGGUCACCGAGACCAUCGAUCUGCAGGACGCGACGCGGGAGAAAUGUUUGCCGUUCCUCAAGGGCAUCCAUAGUAGCCAGAAGGAGCCCUUCAAUGCAUGUGGGGUGCCUACCCUUCAACGCGACGAUCAUGUAGGCUAUCUCUAUGACUCCCUCGAGGACUAUCCCGCCGGCUUCGUGGCCAUGGACUCGAGUCGCCCGUGGAUGGUGUACUGGGCGCUGGCGGGGUUGUCUCUGCUCGGAGAAGAUGCUACGCGAUUUCGAGAACGCGUGAUUGUAACCCUUCGGCCGAUGCAGAACCCUACAGGCGGCUUUGGCGGCGGCCAUGGCCAGAUAUCGCACUGCGCCGGCAGUUAUGCAGCCGUUUUGGCGCUGGCCAUGAUUGGAGGCGAGGACGCAUUUACCUUGAUCGAUCGCCAAGCAAUGUGGCGAUGGCUGGGCCGGUUGAAGCAGGCCGACGGAGGAUUUCGUGUUUGCGAGGGUGGGGAGGAAGACGUGCGUGGUGCAUAUUGCGCGAUGACCAUCAUCUCGCUCCUCGAUCUGCCGCUGUCUCUGCCUCAUGAUGCCGAGGCGCGCAACGCUGGACUGGAGAGCUUCAACAGUGGUCUUGCUGAAUAUUUAUCAAGAUGCCAAACCUUUGAAGGAGGCAUCUCCGGGAGUCCCGGGACCGAGGCGCAUGGGGCGUACGCUUUUUGCGCACUGGCAUGUCUGUCAAUCUUGGGACCUCCCGAGGAGACAAUUAUCCGGCACAUGAAUAUUCCUCUACUCCUGUCCUGGUUAUCUGCCCGGCAGUAUGCCCCCGAGGGAGGAUUGUCCGGACGAACGAACAAGCUAGUCGACGGCUGCUACAGCCACUGGGUCGGUGGCUGCUGGCCCCUACUCCAGUCGGCUCUCGAUGGGCGGCCACAGACGGGUGCUCCCGAGACCUCCGUAGGCAGUCUCUUUAGCCGUGAGGGACUGACCCGCUAUAUCCUGGGAUGCUGCCAAUCGCACCACGGGGGGCUUCGUGACAAACCGGGAAAGCAUGCCGAUUCAUAUCACACCUGCUACGUGCUGACAGGCUUGAGCGCAACACAGCACCACCACUACCGCACCAACUCGAGUGUCUCCUCCAGCAAGACAUUCUCCUCGGCCUUCUCCUGGCGGUCGUCGCCGAUCCGCGCUGAAGACAAUGUCUUCGAGAAGAACGAUCGGCUGUCCCCGGUUCAUCCGCUGUAUGUGAUCCCACACCGAGCAGUGGAGAACAUGCGGCUCUGGUCUGAAGCCCGGCCCCUCCGUGUCUAG